CUAAAAUGGCAAAACGGAUAUUGGAAAUAAAUGAAGAAGGUAUCAAUACUGACGAUCAAGAAAAAGACUCUCAAAAAAAAAUUGUUUUACAAUUUGAUGACGUUCAACAUUUUUUAAAUAAAGAUCUUCCAUUGGAAUUAAUAUCAAAUAAAUCGAUACAGUUUUUUCAAAGAUUUCGUAUUUCUAAGGACUUUUUACAUAAGGAUCCAAGUUUAUGGAACAUAACCACCGAAUAUAAAGAAGCAAAGGAUGUUAUAACUACAUUAAAAGUUGUCAAUGACAGUGCAGAAAGAGGUGUGAAAUUGAUGGAGGAGUUUAACGACAAAUUUACGAAACAAGAGGAACAGAAACAAUAUGUGUUACAGAUUGUUCAAGAUUAUAGGAAGCAGUACCCGGGAUUCAGUCGUAAAGUUUUAAAACAAACCUAUAACAAAUAA